UUGAAAAUAAUUUUUCGUACCGGGAAUCGUUAAUUUUAUUUGUAUGAAUUGUUUUGUUUAGGCAAUAACAAAUUUACUAUAAAAAUUAAAAAAAUAUCAUUUAAAUUUAAUAACUAAAUUUAAAAAAUUAUACACAAGUUUACUUUAUAAUAAUAAAUGAUGCAAUUAUAUUCGUAGUAACAUAAUCAUAACUCAUCUAUAUUUAAAAUUAAAAAUAAUUUCUAGUAAUGCAGUUUAAGUAAUCUAAUUAUUGAUAAACCAAUUUAUUUUAUAACAAUGAUGAUGCAACAGAUUCUAUCCAAGUCAUUUUCUAAAUUAUUUAAAGCAAAUAAUGUAAAAGUUUUAAGAAAUUGUAUACUCAAAUUUAAUUAUGGAUUAAAUAAUGUUGGAAGUGAUAAUCCUGGAGUUGAAAUUACAGAGAGAGAAAUUAAGGAAGAAAAAACUAGUUUAGCUAUGAGAGCUUAUCUUCAAAGAGCUACACAAUACAAUAAAUUCAUGGAGCAACAGACUCAUGAAUACAAUGUUGGGAAACGACAUUUAGCCAAUAUGAUGGGAGUUGAUCCUGAAACAUUUACUCAGAAAGAUAUUGAUGAAGCAAUUGAAUAUCUUUUUCCAUCAGGUCUAUAUGAUCCAAAAGCGCGGCCAUCAAUGAAACCACCUAAUGAAGUUUUCCCUUCUAAAAAAGAUGCAGAAUUUGAUGAAUCAGGACGACCAUAUCACGUGUUUUUUUAUACAGGAAAACCAAACUUUUAUUUAAUCUUACAUAAUAUUGCGACUAAUUUGUCUGAAUUAAAUGUAUUUGAAGACAAUUUAAGAAAAAGCAACAUACUUCCAGAUGAAGAAAAAAAAUUAACAAUAGCUGGAAUACAGUGGUUUACCAAAGCAGAUUUAGAAAAACUGACUGUUGAAAAACUAUCUGACCAAGAAUACAAUAAUUUUAUUGUUGCAAUUGAAAGAUUACUUAAUCAUCCAUGUGCAUAUAAAGUAUCUGAAUUCAUUUCUAAUUAUCAAAAACCUAUGAUGUCAACUAAAUCAUUGACAGAGGCUUCACCAGUUGAGUAUACACAAGAUGGAAGAGCUUAUGUUUCUAUUAAAGAUUGCCCUAGAAAAGAUGCUAGAGCUGAUGUCACAGUUUACUAUCCAGGAACUGGCAAGUUAUCAAUAAAUGGAAAAGGUAUAGAAUUUUUUGAAGAUAUACAACCGAGAGAACAGAUAUUGUUUCCAUUGUUAUUUACGGACAUGGUGGAUAAAGUGGAUAUUGAAGCUUCUGUCCGAGGUGGAGGAAUAUCAGGAAAAGCUGGAGCAAUUCGGUAUGGGAUAUCAUGGGGAUUACGUUCUUUCGUAGAUAACGACACCGUAGAAAAAAUGCGAAUAGCUGGACUUUUGCAAAAAGACUUCAGAAGAAGAGAGAGAAAGAAGCCAGGUCAAGCAAGAGCUAGAAGGAAGUUCACAUGGAAAAAACGUUGAUCUAUUUUCAUACAAAUUUUCUUGACUGUAUAUAAAAAUGUUAAUGUUUAGAAAAUAUAGAAUUUGAAUAAAAAAUAAAUACUUUUUCUGUUUGAGAAAA